UUACAACGGUUAGUGUUUGUUCCGAUUUUGAAAAUUCAAUUUCGUAUUCACUUUUGUGCCGCGAAGCGUAUUGGACGUUUCCCGCGUGAACUUUUGUUUUUAAUUUUUACUUUUUUUUGUGUAUUUGGUGGCCAGUGUUUUUAUAGUUUUAAGAAGUUUUUAGUGUCGGAUUGUUUUUUUUAAUGUAUUAAAUAAUGGAUUUUCGGAUAGACUUCCCGUGAGUUACAAGAAAACCUAAAACAAAAUGGCGGAAAACGAGGGCCCUGUGGUCGUGGACGACCUUCCGAUCUCAUUCCAGGUGAAAUAUCUCGGGCAGAGCGACGCUCGAGGGUUGUGGGGCAUCAAGCAUACGAGGAAGCCAGUGGACCUGAUGGUAGCUGCGGCUAAGGCCUUGCCGCCAGGUCAAAUCCUCCCUAUCGUGAAACUGGUGAUCACCGUGGACGGCGUCCACUUGGAGAGCAUCCACCACGGCCCGAAGCGAGACUUCGAGCACAUGUCUGUCUUCUUCAACAUCGAGUCCAUCUCCUACGGCGUCCAGGACUUGGUCUACACCAGGGUGUUUUCCAUGAUCAUCGUCAAAGACAACGCUGAUGUUAAGGGCUUGAAUCCCUUUGAGUGUCAUGCCUUCGUCUGCGAGUCUAGAAACGCUGCGAGGCGGCUGACGUAUGCGCUGGCGGCUGCUUUCCAGGACUAUUCCAGAAGGGUGAAGGAACUGCAGACCACUCCAGAACUGGACGAGAGGCCACCCAGUCUAAAGAAGAGGUUCGCUAUCGACCUGCGGACACCAGAAGAGAUUGAGGCUGACUUGGAGACCGAAGCUUAAAUCUGUCAGAACAAAACUUAUUUUCGUUAUAUAAAUGUAAUCAUCAUCUUAUCUUAUCGUUUUCGGGAGCCCUUGCCUGGGCUUGCUUGGGGAAAGAUAAAUCCGUCAACUACUCAAGAGCUUUUCCCACCAUAUCCUUGUGCCGGAUGAUGGAGCUCAUGGGUAGCGUUUUAAAGUCCUUUGGUUCCAGAUAUCCUGGUCCAAAGUCCUUCUUUAUCUGGCGAGGGCGUGACAUUCACACAUUAGGUGUUUUACUGUCUCCCUAAGAAGGCGUUGCUCACUCCGCGAUUUCGUCGCUUUGCUACAGGUAGCUAAAAGUACAUCCGUUCCUACCCCAAUUUUGGGGAAAGCCAUAAGCCGCGCGUGGCGCUGUCGCCACCUAGCGGCCAUAUCUGUGCUGAUCGUGACAGACGCGUUUUGUUAGAGAGUGAGUCUUCUGUACCUAGUACUAUUAUUUAUUCUGUGCCUAAGUAUAAAAGACUUCUACAUACUUACGUUACGUUGCAACAAAGGCAUACGAUUUUAGAUGAUGCAUCAUGCAAUAUAUCUUUUGGGAUAUCGCAUGCGAUUAUCUGUGAGGUUUGUAGAAGCCAAAAAGUUGGGUUUACCCGAAACCCCACAUAUUUAAUAAGGAUUAAAUGUACAUAAUUCACCAUAGUAUUAAGCGAUAUACGUAUAGUUUGCCUUAUAAAUAUACCCCUUACGACAUAAAGUAUACUAUUGUAUUAUGAAAUAGAAAUAAUUCAUAUUUAAUAUUAAAAUAAGUUCGUGAUCGGUGUACCAACAUAUUUUUAUAGGUACUUACUUAUUAUGAUUUAGAAAUUGUUUGCUACCGAUGUCGAUAGCACUUGAGUCGAUAUUUUAAUUAACCACUAGCCGCCCAUACGUCAAACCUUGCCAAGCAAAAUUAAAUUUUAUUUUGUCAACACAAAGUUCAAAUUAGAAUGGAACAGGAGACCUUUUUAAAGGUCUCUGGGCGGCUAGAGGUUAAUCACUAGCACUGGUACCUACAUUUUUGCCUCCGAAAAACCGGGCCAUUUUCCAUGAAGUUACCGCGUUGUAAUAAAUUUAAUUUAAUUUUGUAUACGUAACUACAUAGUUCCAUACCUGCUUAAUAAUGUUUAAAUCAAUACAAUACAAACCAAGAGAUCGAAAAUAGUAGGUAUGUUACGAUACAAGUGCGAAAAUUAGGAAAUUCGCACCAACUGGCGAUAAAUUAAAACACGACCGAAGGGAGUGUUUUCAAUCGAGACGAGUUGCGAAUUACCUUUUCGCACGUGUAUUGUACAACGUUUUACAGUACAUAAUUUAUUCGAGCGAAGUCAGAUGAAAAUCGAAAAUUCGGAAAAAUGAAACACCCUAACGUAUACCUAUAGUUCGUGUUUUUAGCACCUAGCUACCGCAAUAGGGCGGAACUGUAAAAAAAUUACAACUAUAGAAUAGAGAAAAAAAAAGUUCCAAAAAUUUUCCAUAUAUUUUUCAAACUUUCCUUUUUGUUACCGCCAUACAAAGGUAGUAUACAUAGGGAAAUGGUAACACAAUAGGAAAAAAAACUGGGAUUUUUUUUACCCCAUUAGGAUCGAAAGAGCUCUGAGUAGAGAUAACACAAAAGUGGCAAAAAGUCACAAUAUACAAAUGGCAAAAAAUAAAAGAAACGCUCAGAUUAGAGAUGCCCCGAAUAGUGAAUUUGGCCGAAUACCGAUUAUUCGGCCCCCCUCUCGGCCGAAUACCGAAUAUUCGGCUCCCCUCUCGGCCGAAUACCGAAUAUUCGGCGACAGAAUAUUCGGCAUGACAUGCGUACAUUUUGAGUCACAAUUAUUAUGAAAACUGUUUGCCAACAAAGCACAACAUUUGCUAAAAUAUAUUUUUAUGUUGAACAGAAUUAAUGAAUGUAGUUAGAGUCAAUCAAAUCAGACCCAUGAUAAAAAUAAAAUAUUUUGGAAUCAACAAAUGCUCAAAAACGUGCCUUUGUAUGUAACCAUUUUCCAAGAAUACAUUUUAAAUAUUAAAUAUACCUUGGUUUUGGUUAUUUUUUUGUGAAAUUUUUUAUUUAGAAAGGUGCAACAGAUAUUUGGUAUUCGGCCGAAUAGUAGGCAACAUUCGGCCGAAUACCGAAUAUUCGGCAAAGUGGCCGAAUAGGCCGAAUACCGAAUAGUUGCCGAAUAUUCGUGGCAUCUUUAGCUCAGAUACUAUAGUUGGGUUGUUUUACGGUAUGUAUUUAUUGUUACAUAUAAUGUGCUUAUUGGCACUUUAUGCCUAUAGAGGCUGUAUAAAUAUGAUUGUUAAUAUUUAUUAGACUUUUAAGAUUAUAAAUACCAAAACACACCGUUUGUGAUUUAGCAAAUAGUUUUAAUUGUAGCGAACAGUAUUUUUAAAAGAAUAAAAUAAAAACGAAAGUACAUAUAUUGA